AAGAAAAAAAUCAAAGCCUCUCUCAAAAGAGAAAAACAGGAGAGAGAAAAACAAGAGAGAGAGAGUGAGAGACGGUUCUCUCUUUCUUUCCCUCGUUGCUUUCAAACCUCUCUCUUUGAGAUCGUGCCCGCCCUUUCUUCGCUUCUCUCUCUCUCUCUCUCUCACGCUUUUAAUUCUUUAUUCCAUGCGUAAAGAGACGUCGGGAAUUUGAGAGAUUUGAGAAGUUAUCGGAUUUCGAGAACGAAACUUCCAGAUCUGCAGCUAAUCCGAUCUCCAUUUUCGAUUAUGAAAAUAAACAAGAAUUCGGAUCAAAAUAGGAGAAAAGGCGUGGAUUUUACAAGUAUGGUUCUCAUCGUGGUCCUCAAAUUUUGGAAGAAUUAAAGAGAUCGCCAGAAAUGGGGGUGGUGGGUGGGGAGGAAUUGCAGGGGUGGGAGAAGACAUCAGAAGCAGGUGGGGAGCGGAUUCUGGUGUCGGUGAGAUUGAGACCACUGAAUGCAAAGGAGAGCGCAAGGAAUGAUGUUUCGGAGUGGGAAUGCAUUAAUGACAACACCAUCAUAUUUAAGAACAGCCUUCAGGACCGCUCCUUGGUUCCGACUGCAUAUUCAUAUGACAGAGUAUUUCAGUGCAAGUGCUCCACGAAACAAGUGUAUGAGGAGGCAGCUAAGGAAGUCGCUCUUUCAGUCAUCAGUGGUAUUAACUCGAGCAUUUUCGCAUAUGGACAAACAAGCAGUGGAAAGACGUACACCAUGACUGGCAUAACCGAGUACACCAUAGCAGAUAUAUAUGACUACAUACAGAAGCAUGAAGAAAGAGUUUUUAUUUUGAAGUUCUCAGCGAUGGAGAUAUACAAUGAAGCUGUCAGGGAUCUGCUCAGUGCAGAUGGAACUCCGCUCAGGCUUCUUGAUGAUCCAGAGAGAGGGACUAUUGUGGAGAGGCUUACAGAAGAAACUCUAAGGGACUGGAACCAUCUGCAGGAGCUGCUUGCUGUAUGCGAAGCUCAAAGACAGAUAGGGGAAACCAACUUGAAUGAAACAAGCUCCAGAUCUCAUCAAAUUCUCAGACUGACAAUUGAAAGUUCCGCUCGUGAGUUUUUCAGCAAGGAAAGUUCAAGCACCCUUGCUGCCAGCGUGAAUUUUGUUGAUCUAGCAGGGAGUGAGCGUGCAUCUCAGGCAUUAUCAGCUGGUACAAGAUUGAAAGAAGGUUGCCACAUAAAUCGCAGUUUGCUGACCCUGGGAACUGUCAUUCGCAAACUAAGCAAGGGAAGGGGAGCACAUAUACCAUACAGAGAUUCAAAGCUAACACGCAUACUGCAAUCUUCCCUAGGCGGCAAUUCAAGAACUGCCAUCAUUUGUACUAUGAGCCCUGCACGAAGUCAUACCGAGCAAUCCAGAAAUACCCUCUUAUUUGCAACUUGUGCAAAAGAUGUGGCUACAAAUGCACAAGUCAAUGUGGUCAUGUCGGAUAAAGCGUUGGUAAGGCAUUUGCAAAGAGAAUUGGCUAGAAUGGAGGGCGAAUUGAGUGGCAUGGGGCCAACCAUCAGUGCAUCUCAUUCCGAGUUAUUAGUGAGAGAGAAAGAUAUCCAGAUUCAAAAGAUGGAGAAAGAGAUAAAAGAGUUGAUUCAACAGCGAGAUCUUGCUCAAUCUCGUCUCGAGGAUCUGCUUCGAGUGGUUGGAGAUGAUCAAGCUUCAAGACUAUGGGCAGAGUUUAAUCACCCACCUGCAUCACAUGCAUCAAAUGCAUGUGAAGAUGAACUUUCAGUAUCAGGAUCAUCUGGGGUUGCCGAUCGUAGUCUAGAUUUUGGUCUCUCAAAGUUCAUGGCAUCACAAUAUUCUAAAGAAUACAGUGAUGCUGAAUGCAACGAAGACUACUUACAGCUCGCUGAAAUACCAGAAGACCAAAUGCUUUUUGAUGGCAUAUCUCCUCGGAUCUCGAACAGUAGUCCUAAAUCUGUUGGAUCAAUUCCCCAUCAAGGUGGGGAGGAGAUUUCUCAGGAGACCAACGAUGAUGUUGAGGAUCAGUGCAAAGAAGUUCGGUGUAUUGAGACGGAAGAGUUGAACACUAACAGAAAAGAAGAACCCAAUAACGUCUCAUUGCCUGAAGGAAAUGAAAUGUCACCACCUUUGACACUGUGUGACAACACAUGUGUGAAAGACCAAGAAUCUGAAUCAACUGAGCGAGCUAUAGAGUUACAACCAGUUGGUACAGAUUCUACUUAUGGUGCAUUGGAGAAGCAACUCCACGAUGUUCAAAAAAUGAUCGAUGGUCUUGUGAGGCCAUCUGAUGAGUCAUCUCCAUGGCCUUCAACAGUGGACUUAUCUAGCUCCAGAAGCUCGUAUUUAAGUAGAAGCAGAAGCUGUAGAGCAGCUCUCAUGACUAGCUCAAACUCUCCCCUGUUUCAAGAGGCAGAACAGAAUGAGAAUACACCACCUGGAGGGUUUGAGAAAGACUUUCCAGGAAGGCCUGCAGCCGGAGACUUUCAGAGGAGAUCAUGUGCAUUGAAUUUUGAAACCGAAGCAUUAUCAAGAGAAUGUUCUCAGAGUUCUGAACAGAGUGCUUCUAUUGACGUGCUGAAAUCACAGAAUAUCAAGGCCACUACUGAAGAGAACAUAACCAGCAUCCGUAGUUUUGUUGCAGGACUGAAGGAGAUGGCUCAACUUCAGUAUCAGAAAAAACUUGUCGAUGGCCAGGAGGCGGAAACAAAGGCCAGUGAAGAUUUUCAAGCUGAAAGGACUUCGAAAGAUGUAGGCCUGGAUCCAAUGCAAAAUCCCUUGGAAUCUCCUUCAUGGUGGCCAAUGGAAUUCGAGAGGCAACAAAGAGAGAUAAUUGAGCUUUGGGAUGCUUGCAACGUUUCGUUGGUUCACAGAACUUACUUUUUCCUGCUCUUCAAAGGCGAUCCCGCUGACUCAAUUUACGUGGAAGUGGAGCUGAGGAGGCUUUCUUUUCUCAAGAAUACCUUCUCUCAGGGAAACAUUGGUACACAGACCAUUGUAGACGGUUGCAUCGUCACGCCAACCUCAAGCAUGAAGGCUCUUCGGCGUGAGAGGGAGAUGCUGAGCAAGCAUAUGCAGAAGAGGUUCUCAGAAGAGGAAAGAGGGAAACUUUACAAGAAGUGGGGAAUCGGGUUGGACACUAAGCAGAGGAGGCUACAGCUGGCCCGCCUUGUAUGGACCCAGACAAAUGGCAUGGAUCACGUUAAAGAGAGCGCCGACAUUGUCGCGAAUUUGGUCGGGUUCUUGGAGCCAGGACAGGCCCCCAAGGAGAUGUUCGGUCUCAGCUUUCGCCCACAGUGGACCAGCCGAAGAUCCCAAAGCUGGAAAAACAGCAGCAUGUCAUCCUUCCUAUAGCACACAGCUCAUCUGCUUAUAAAAAAGGAGUUGGGACAGUCUGAAAGGCUCGACUCCACUCAUGCAUAUGAAAUCAACUAACUACAUUGAGCUGCUUUUGGAUGCACAGGUGAAUUGGAUUGUGAACAUUCAGUUUCAAUCAAGCAGGAGUGACCGGUAAACAAUGGUAUUUCUUCGCGUAUUCAAAUUGAAAUUAUGUCUGUGGAGCCUAUAUCUAUGAAUAUGCUAUGUUAAGUAAAAUGCAAUUUGGUUAUUUUUACCAUAGUGGAUUGUAACUAUUGCAAUUCAAUUUUGGUAGUGCAUCCAAACGCACCCUCGUCGUUUCUGAUUGUGAUUUUUUUCACUCUUGAUUGAAAUGUAGAAAAUGCUGUAAAUUUAGUUGGAUUGGCUUAAUACAAAUUGAUGGUGGAUUAUUAUUGA